UGAUAUCAUCCAUCCACCGACUCCAGCAGUUUGGUUUUAUGUAGAUACCACACUCCAGUGCCUCGGCCGAGACAGAAAAGAAAUACCAAAGCCAUAGCGGGAGUAGACGGCUAUUUCGUAAGUUACCCAGUGACCAGUCGUUUUUUUUUAAGUGCCAGUGAACCAGUGUCCGUUGUUUGCAGAAAAAUGACGUCGGUCACAGUCGUUCUCGACAAAGAAAAGAAACACCAGUACAAGGAUUACGUGAAUUUUCUAGGAAACUAUAAAAAUGGCAAAAAAAGCGAGAGUGAUACCAAUUCGUCGCUGAAUUCUUCUGUUAGCGACUUGAACGAACUCAACGAAAUGCCGACGAAAAGCUUCAACGAGUAUCUCAAAGACUACAACACAAAGAAAUUCCAACCGGUUCAGCCAGCGUUUAUCAAGAAAGAAGAAGCGCCAAAAAAUGUCAAGACUGAAGUGUUCAUACAGAUCAACAACACGAAAAAUACAAACAACAGCCAGAUUCAAGUCACUUUGCCGAAACCAAAACUAGACGAGACUGAUGGCGAACAAAUCAAAAUAUCUGUCGGCGAAUUAUCACAAAAAUUCUGCAACACUAGUGUCCAUAAUAACAAGACACAGACGCAUAUAUUGAAGAGAAGCUCCAGCAUUACAGAAAAGACAAAAAUCUUCGAAGAAAACCACGACGAAAACAAAAAAGUUAUAACUAAAAUAAACAAAGUCAACCACAUCGAAAAGUUUCCUAAAAAGGUGCAAGCAGCAACAAAAAAGCCCAACCAAACUUUCAUCGAAAUAAGGAAACAAGAACUACAGAACAGCCCCAAAAUUAAUGACAGUGUUUCUCCACCACCUGGAAAAAUAGAUGUCGCUAAAUUCAGCAGUCAACUUGAACAUACCAUCAACAACAAUUCGACUGUUCCUGUUAAACAUAGCCAAGAAGAAGUUUGUAGUGAAGUUCCUAUUGAACCAAUAACAGUGGAUGCUCAGGAAAGUAUAAUUAAAGUAGAAAUCCCCGUAUCCAAUAGUGCAAUUCCUCCUCCUCCACCACCACCUCUUCCUCCAGCAAAUUUACCACCAAGACCUGUUGUUACCAGUCCUAAAGUGUCCAACUCUAGUCCAAAAACUUUCCACCAAGUACCAAAAGCCCCAGUGUCCAAUGGUUACAGUACUCUACCAAGAACGGGCAAUAAAACUCUUCCUAGAACACCAAACCAUGCCAAUGAUGGCAGUUUAGACAGGAAUGAUCCCAGGGUGAAGAAACUGGUUUAUGGUGCAUUGCAAGGGAUGUAUGGAGCAUACCACGAUAAAGCCAAUGAUUAUUUGGCGACUUUACCGAAGAAUAGGGUGAAAAAGGGAAAUGGACUGGAUAGUAUCAUCAACAGCAUUGCAGCACAAGGAGGACUUGACAAACUAUGUGGCAGAGCCAUUCCCAAAAGUGAGACAGAGUCAGUAGAAGCGAACAUUCUUACAUGAUUGUAUUCGUUUACCUUUACCCUUCAGACAUUUUCUGUGAAAAUUAUUUAUGUUCUGUGUAUGUGAUUGCUUUUUGUAUAGGUAUAUCAAAUAAAUUGACAUUUUAGCUUUUAAAAAAAUAUGUAAAGUGAUAUUUUAAUAAAAUAUAAAAUAAAA